CUUCAUUCUCUCUUCAUAUAAAAACUUGAUCCAAACUUCUAAAUAAAUCUUGAUCUUAAUCUUUUUUAGUUGAUUCUUUCUCUUCCUGCUCCAUUCAUUCAAUAUUCCCAUAUUUUGAAGAAGAUGAGGAGAAAUUGUAACUUGGAACUCAGGCUUAUGGCUCCUUCUCUUUCACCUUUUUCUCCUAAGAAUUGCACUACCCCUUACUUCUCAAUGGAGGAUAAAGAAAACACAGAAUUAGAGAAGCAAGCGCAACAACAGCUAACCAUAUUUUACAAUGGAAAACUUGUGGUUUCUGACGCUACUGAGCUUCAGGCAAAAGCUAUAAUAUACCUUGCAAGUAGAGAAAUGGAGGGGAAAACAAAGAAGAUUCUAUCACCAAUUUCAGAGCCGUCAUCACCAUUGUUACAACCUCAAACUGGUCUUUUUAUGAAGAGAUCUCUACAAAGAUUUCUACAGAAGAGAAAAAACAGAAUUCAAUCAACUUCACCCUAUCAUCACUAGCUUCUAGUGAUGAACUUUGCCUUAAUUUAGUUCAUUAUUUGUAAAUAUAUUUUGUAUUUCGGUAUGACUAAUUUAAUUGUAUCUGUGAGAGCUAGAAAGGAAUAGUUUUUUGAUAAGUGGAUUUCAGCAAGUACAACACAAGUAUAUCACUUAUUUUUUCAAAUAUGGAAAUACAAAUUUUUCUCA